ACAGGCACUCACUUCCUUUGCGUCAUCCUCCGAAUUAUCAAUCAUGGCAGAUCCAAAAUAUGCAAAUUUACCUGGAAUUGAUUUAAACUCUCCCGAUGUGUUUGAGACCAGCGACCUUCCCGAGGAUGACCAGGCUAUGAAGUCUGAGCCAGUGGGCCAAGAAGAAGUUCCAAAUGAAAACAUUGACAAGAUCACUUUGGACACCAAGACUGCUCUUACAAAAUUCAAAGGAAGGGAUCUUCAGGCUGAAUCAGUUGAUUUUUCUGACAAAAUAGGUGGACAUUUCCGCACGGGAUAUGAUGCCUCCAAAACAGAGUAUGAAAUGCUGGAGGAAGGAGCAGGGAAGAUGGAGUCCCCACAGCAAAAGUUUCAGAGGCUGCAACAUGAAAUAAGAGAACUGUCUGAAGAAGUUCGCAGGAUCCAGGACAAUGUGAAACAGGAGUCGACCUCGGAGAAGAUGACACCAGUCUCCCUGGGUAAACAGUUGGAUUAUCUACAACAUCAACUAAAUGACCUUCACCUUGAGAAAAUUCUUGGUCCGGAGGCUGGCAUUAACCUUGCUGACCCUCAGGGUGCUUUGCAAAAAAGACUGAUGACCCAGCUGGAUUCCUUCCAGUGUGGAGGAGCUGACACUAAAGGAAAGACUCCAACUAAAGGAAAGUCGGAAGGUUCAGCCGACUGUGUCACGUACGAGCUGUAUUAUAGACCAGAACAGGCUCAGUUCAGUAAAAACGCCAGGCUGGCCAGUCUAGAAGAAAGACUUGAGAGGUUGGAAGCAGCAAUAGGUCAGAACCAAGAAAAACUGAGUGUACUAACAGCUGAUACUGCCAACAAAAGUCUUGUGGGUGCAGUGGCUGUUGUGAAUUCCAAGCUUUCCUUACUAGAACAGUCCAAUCUAGAUCAGGUGGAGGCCCGACUUCAAGGGGUACUACAUAAACUUAAAGAGAUUGUUGAGAAAAAGUCUGCUGUGCAGGACGAUCCUGACAAACAGAACAAGAUUGCAGAGCUGUAUGACCUAGUUAAGAAGUGGAACAGUGUAUCAGAAACGUUACCUCAAGUGGUGGACCGUCUGGCUGCUCUCAAGGAACUACACGAACAAGCAUUACAAUUUAGUCAAUCUCUGACCUACUUGGACACGGCCCAGCAGGAAAUAGCUACCAGUCUAAACACCCAUGGAGAUAUGCUUAAACAACUUCAAGGUACUUUCAAACAAAAUAUGGAUGUGAUCAAGGCUAAUUGUGCAAGUCUUGACAACAGAGUGAAAGCUCUACAAAAGUGAAGACCCUGUAUCAGACUUUUAACAUAGUGCUGCCAACAAAGGAUGCAAGACCUGUACCAAAUACUGCCACUCGCCGUUCCAAGACCUGUAACCACCUAUAAAGUUACUGCCUCUUUAGGUCGCAAGAUUUGUAACCAAAUAGUGGCACUCCAGGUUGCAAGAUUUGUAGCCAAAUAGUGACACUCCAGGUUGCAAGAUUUGUAACCAAAUAGUGGCACUCCAGGUCGCAAGACUUGUAACUAGUUAAAGCCAGUUCAAGGUGCAAGUUUUGAAGCUAUAUACUAUAUAUAGCACUACCACGUUAGGGUGCAAUACUUAUUUUGCCAAAUAUACACUAUUUUGGAGGCAAGAGUGGUUACUAAAUACUUUGAGAUUAGGUGAUAAGACUUUUAUCUAAGUUUAGCCUAUUUAGGUUAGAACUGAACAAGGCAAGAGUGCAAACAAUUGUGUUCCCUCUGAAACUUUGUAACUUGUAUCGCUGUUAACUUUAGGUAACGGGGUGGGAAUAACUCCCAUAUAGGUCAAUGAUUGAUGGGUUUUAUUUCUCUGCUUCUUUCCCAUAUAUGUAUUGUGAUAGUCUUCAAUUGUAAUUCCACUCUUAGUAUAUGCCAUGUCAUUCGGAUUUGUUUAUUACAAUGAAAGCUCAUUGCUUCAUGGAAUUGCUUUUUGUGUACAACAGAUAAUAGUUGUCUGUACGCUAGUUUCUGUGCACCAUGGAAACUCCUAGACUAGACUUCCUUGUUUGUGUAGACUUAAAAAACUAUUGUCGGAAAUUGAUGCUUUCCAAGACUAAAGCUUGUUCACUAUUUUUGAAAGAAAGUAAAUUGUCAGUUGUAAAAACUGAAAUUGGAGCAAAAUGUUUUGGAAAUUUGUUCCGACCACAUUCUGUAUAGUAAGUAUUAGGAGUUUGUGUCAUUAAGUGCUAAGAUGUCUAGAUCAUAUGCUGUCUGUUAGUGUCUGUCAGGUGUAAAUGAAGUUUAAUUUAUGUUCAGAAUUGUUUUAAUGGUGUAUUGCAAAGUUAUGCUGGAACAAAAUUACUAUGCUUAUGCUUCAUUUGAAAAAUAUGUAUUUAAACUUCAUAUCUUAUUUAUUUCUAAAGCAGAUCAUGGCAUUAUUUGUUUUAUUGUUUAUAUUAACAACACAUACAAGGAGUUCAGGAGAAAAAAUAUUCCAACAAUAUUGUUUUGUGUUAAGUUUGCAUAUAUAGAUGUAAAUUGUACGGCUUUUUGAAUUUCAUUAUAUGAUGCUAAAACGUAGCAUGAAUGUGCAUACGCCUGUAUUGUAGUCAUGUAUCUAGUCGAAACAUUUGUUAUUCAAUCUUAUUCAGAUGUUUCUUUCAAUCUUAUUCAGAUUUCUCUUCAAAUGUAAAUUUGAUGCCUGAAUCAGAGAGGAAAUAAAUUGAGUCAUCUUGGCUUUACGGAUCAAACAGUAUAAAAUGCUUAAACCAGCCCCUCUCUAAACUAACCCCUCUCUAAUCCAGCCCCUCUCUUAUCCAGAUUCUUCUCUGCACUGGCUUUGACAUUUGGUCCCAGCAUUCCUCUUGAAACCUACAUAUUAUUGUAAAUAACUUUUAAAAAGUUUAUUUUUCUGUUCCAACAACCGUGCUAUACUUCCAGAUAUUGAUUCACAAACUCACUGACUACAUGUUUAAACCAAAUCCUGUAUAAAGGGACAACAUAGUCUGGCUAUAUCCAGUCUAGACAGGCUACACUAAUACCAUACUUAUAAAACAAAAACGUUUUCUUUUUUGACUGGAAUGGUGAUGGAUACAUGUAUGAGUUUCCACUUUUAAAUUUAUUUAAUUGUACAUGUCUUUAGGAAAACAUGGAUUUCGGUUUUGUAACUUAACUUUCAUCAUUUACAUAAAUGUGAGCAUAUGGUUGAUUUGAAGGGUCUGAUAUUGUAAGCAUAAACUGAACAGCAGAACCUUAUUACAUUCUAGACUUUGAAAAAUAAGGGGAGAGUACUUUCUGGAUAUCUGCAGCAUCAUAGAACUGGAGUCAAAAUUGCUUCCAGACUUUUUCAGAGGCCAAAGAAUCCAGAAUAUUUUGAUUAAGUUCCAUUGUACAUGAAGUUUAUAUAGAAACCAUAUAAGAAUGUGCAGGCUAAACUAGAACUUUAUUGUCUAUAUUUAUUGCCAUUAAACAUGAAAAUAAAAUGUUUCAGUUUUCAUGCAACUUAA